UAAAAAUUGGCGGGGAAUGCUUUUUUAUGUAAGUAGCCUUUGAUACAGAGAUACAUGUGCUUUGGAUAGUAAUAAACAGACUUUUCUAAAGGAAGGUAAACAAUGUACGAUUGAACAACAUUGGUCCAAUUACUCGCCAGCGAAAUUCAGCUGAUGUGGGUGCUUCUUUUCGAAGCUUGCGCAAAUGGCGUUUCCUUUCCUUUAGAGAGCGUGGCAAUUAGAUUGAAGUGUAUGUAGGGAUGGAUAAAUGUGGGAUAGUGUAUUUCACCCCUUUGAAAAAGAAACUGAGUUGCGCUCUGUGUUACUUACCGUUACUUAUUGAUGCUUUAAUACGAACUUAACAGUUGAGAUUUGAUUCUACUUCUGCACAUGUAAACAAAACUCGCAUCAUGGAGUCAAUGUGUAGCAUUGCGCGCGCGUAGAGUGAAAACGCGUUUUUAUCUGGUUGAAGUAUUGAACUGUUGUGUGACUAUCGGCUCUUAUCGUGUUGAGUUAAAGUGACAUUAGUUGGUGCAAGUAAUGCUUACUUUCAGUACCUCAACGGACGAAGAAAAUUUAGUCUUAAUGCCUUAAGAAAUUGCUGAGGAGACUACGCAAUCUCCGAUGCAAAAGAUGAAGUAACUCCCUCCCGAUAUUGGCUAUACACGAUGACAGACGUCAAGAGGAAUGGAUCGGGGAAGAUAUAUUGUCAUCUUUGCAGAUGUUACGAACGUUAUCCACGUCAGGUGCUGUGGAAUAUUAGUUCAAGCAUGCAUUGUUAUGAGACAAGGUUUGGUGGGAAGUGUGCAGCUGAGGUAACAUUACCAUCAGCAAAUCAGAAAAAUAACCACUGUGAAGAACCUCGUAGCUGCCAGCCCAAACAGUUGGCUUCUUGUGAACAACCAACGGGAGAAACAGGACACCAUCUGAGGUCUCGAAGCCAUUUCUGGCCCCAGGCUGGUUUGGUCGCAACAACUGCUGAGGAAAAGGCUCCAGAUUCAAGCUCACAUCCGCAGCCGGCAAGAACAACUAGGGAUGCUGAAGAGACAGUGUCCCAUCUGGCCACAGGUACACCUGCUCGUAAAAGAAAGCGUUUGACUGCUGAAGAAAAGCUAAUUGAGGAUAAUAAAGCGUACUACAAGUUGGAAAUGAAAAACAACAAACUUCGGUCAAGUGGUUACUUUGUCACAAGCAGAAGUUCUUUUGAAAUGGGUCACGCUUUUGUCAAGGAGGCUGAAGUGUCGCCAGUGAACAUUAGUAAACAAUAUUCUGGUUUGGUUAAUUGUAGUGGUGGUCAUAAAAAUAAUUAUGAUCAGAAAAACUUUGAGCAUAAAAACAUUGAACAAAAAAUUUCCAGUGAAUGUGUUACUAAGGACAAUCAGGGAGAUGAAUCAGAAAGGUGCAGGCUACGAAGUUGUCGAAAACCUGAGAGUGAUUGCAGUAACAGUCUUGAUAAUAUUGAGAAUAGCAUUAAUCAUAAUGAGUCUGGUGUCAUUGAUAAUGAUCAAGGCAAGAGUAGUUCAUGUGAAACUAAAAAUAACAACCUGCAUAAAAAUAGCAUUGAUAACAAGAGUACCAUUCGCAAGACUAUAGAUGGUGGGAAAGAAACAGAUUCCCAGUGUUUCACUGUGAAUGAGUGUAAGGAGACUGAAGAGAAGAAUGACAGCUCUAACAAGCAAGCCAGCUGUGAGUCUGAGGAACAGCGGGAAUCGAAGACCGAAAGUUCUGGGAGUGGUCCAAGCCGAACAAGGAUUCGGCUUUCAGAACUUUCCCUGUUGAGCAAUGAAGCAGAGAAUUUCAUGUUUGGCGAGCCAGUGAAAAAGGUUUCAUCAGAUGAAUCUUCAGAUGAUGAAUGUGUGGCACUUAAACUGAAAAUUGUCAAGAAAAGUAACAAUGGUGACACAAAAGCAAAGUGGAAAGCAAAACGAGCUGUUGGUCGCAAAAAGGGACGUCGUAUAUACAGAAAAGUACACAGAAAAGUGAAAGUAACAACCAGAAAAUCAAAAAAUGGUAUUACUUCUCGUGGUAGGAAACGACGCUUGGCUAGUGUGCAUCAGUUUGAUGACAGUUCUUUGGGAUCAGCAGAUGCAUGCAGUGUUGGAAGUACUUCGGAUGCAAAUACACUUUCUGGGAGACACCGAAAGAGACGUACACAUGCUGAAGCAUUCAUACAUGACAAUUUAGAUUAUUACAAGUUUGAAAUACCUGGAUCUCGGUUACGUUUCCAAGGUAGUGUGCUGCCUCAGAUGAAUAUCAGUGAGACUCAGGGGUCAGAAACAGACAGUAACUAUAAUAAAAAGUCAAGUGAAAAUAGUCACACAUGUGAUUCAAAUAAAGAAAAUAGCUUAAAUUCAUCGGAUAGUCAGUUGGUGCAAUUUAAUGUAAAAUCUCUGGAAGCAAUAAGGAAAGGAUUAAAUGAUAAAUUGAAUGCUGAGAAUGAGGUAAAGAAUACCCCUGAGGCAAUCGUUGAAACAGGUGUUAAGAAAGAGGAGUCCAGUGACAAAAAGAAUGGCAAUGAAUUAGCUACAAAGGAUCUGUCUCUUGAUAGACUGCGAUUUUCUUUUGAAGCUGCGCCGCAGGGAGAGCCGUGGUACCAAACAUAUCAGAGACAAGAUACUGGAAAUGAGAUUUAUCUCUCGUGUCCAAUUGACACAUCAUUCUGGAAAUCUUUUCUGCUUCCGUAUGAAAUGUCCCCAACUGAAUUAGCAGCUGCUGCAGCAAGUAGUAACCUUCCUUCUUGCACCAGAUCUAUUGACACACCAGUUUCUUUUAGAAAGAAGAAGAAAAGAUUUGCACAUUUGCUAGAUAAGAAACCUAGAAAGUCUCCGCGCUGUCAUGCUUCUACAUUGGCUAUACUGUCAAGUCUUAUGCAUUUCAGAAAACGUAAAGAGCCAGACAAGUUCAAAGAGGAUACACCACCAGUGAAAGAUGAUGGCCCAUCAUCAUCCGAUGAUGUUGUUAAUGAAGAUGUGCAAAACAAAGAUGAGCGAUCAAAUACUUCAUUUUUGGGAGAAAUGUCAACUGUUGAAGGUCCGUCGGAACUGAAGAAAGAUUUUAGUGAGCUUGCUCAGAAUAUUGAUGAAAUGCUGGAAUCUUUUCCAGAAAGUAGUGGAAGCUGUAUCAGUGCUUCUCCAAGAAAUACAAAUGACAACAGUGAAGUGAAAUUAAGAACACCUCGAUCUAGUCGUGUCAUUUGUAAGAAACAGAGCAAAUCUCAGAGAGAGAAAUUUUCUAAGAAAUUAAAUCAGCUGCCUUUAAGAGAGUCAGAUCUAAUUGAUAUUGAUAAUUCUGUGUUGGCCAGUUUAGCAACAAUGUCAAAAGAUACCAUAGACUGCAUUCCAAAGGCUGAAACUUGUAGUAGAGGUGGUCCAACAGUGGAUGUAGUUUCAUUACUCAGUAACAUUACUGACUGCCAUUGUCCAGGUCCCCCUGUAAGUAGCAAGGAUUGCCUCAGGUGUGGUGUAGACAUAUUUUGUCCAGCCAUGAGAGAGAUGUCGUGUAACAGUUCUGAAUGUGGCGCCUCAUCUACAUGUGAUACAAUUGCGUAUUCUGAUGUUCCAGAAGGAAGACAGGGUAUCCGUGGCAAGCGGAGAAAGAGGAAAAAGAAUCGGACAGGGUGGCCUGUGGACAAACAAAAGUUUAGGAGGAAAUUCUAUUUGAGGUUUAAAAAGAGCAAUGAAAAUAUCCCUGUGCAACAUUCUGAUAAUGUUCACAAGCAUGACGGGGAAGAUUUGUGCAAGCCUACAGAAUCUGAAGUUCCAUUAGAUGUCAGUAUUAAUGCAGGUUGUUCUGGUAGCUUAGGCAUAGACACUGAAGUGCAAAAAUAUCCUGACAAAGCUGAAAAGAUUGAAGUUCCAGAACCCUUGGAGAGGAUAGAGGAGGAUGGUAUGCAUAGCACAUGUACCCCACUGAGUAACUCAGUUUCAAAGGAUGAUUUAGUUAGUUCUGCUUUGGUCUCCAGUGAAUCCAGCCAAUCUGAUAAAAAAACUGAUAAAGAUCCUUCAGAAAAUGUUCCUGUUACGUAUAAUGUGAGGCAUGAAAAGCAUAGCAGACUUCUACGAACUGGAAGUUUAGACUCCAGCACUUGUUCAGAGCUAAAACCGUGUGUAAAAGUCAAAAGAAUUCCUAAUCUUGCUGAAUAUCAGAUAGUACCUACAAUUAAAAUUGGUAUAUCUAACAGGCGGCUACGCAGUGCCUCUUCCUCAUCGUUAACAUAUACUCCUGUUACAAAAAUGGAUUUUGUAGACGACAGUAUCAAAGAUGAUACUGUUAAUAACAGAAGAUCGUGCCGGAAAAAGAGACCAAAAUUUUCAGAUAGUUGGGACACUUGGUUGACUCCUAAUCGUAGAUGAUUUGGGAAACACAUAAUUUCCAUUUUGUGUUCAUAUCUUAUUAAAUUGUAUAAAAGCUGUGUGUUGGAGACUGUUGUAAUUCAGAGCCUUUUGUGUUUUGGUUUUUAAAUGUCUUGACUGUGCUGAUAUAUUUAUAAAUUGUACAUAAAGAAAAUUUAUUUGUACAUACUUAAUAUACAUGGAAAUUAAUUUGUUGUCUUUUAUAUAAUUUUUUAGUUGUAUUUUAUUAUGUGUGCUGCUGAGUUUUUUUAUCCAUAUGUGUCAUGCAGAUACUAUAUUUAAAUUUUAAUAGAUACAUAUUUUAAGUGA